CAUACAAAUAUGUUUUGACAUUCUCUGUUGAUUGAUACGGCUUUUAGAACAAUGAACGACAUAAUAUAGCAUAUUAAGAGUAUUAGGAAAACAAUACAUUAAUUUAUUGUAGUUUCUUAACUAAUAGCGCGUAGUUAGCGCAAUGUAUUCCUCUGCCAAAAAGUUGCAGCGGGUGUUAUCGUCGCAGGAAAUCCGCAAGACAUUCAUUGAGUAUUUCAAACUAAAUCAUGAUCACAAAUUUGUACGGUCCAGUCCGGUAGUACCAUUCUGUGACCCGACUGUGGCAUUCGUUAACGCUGGUAUGAAUCAAUUCAAGUCAAUUUUCUUGGGCAAAGCUCAACCUCCCUAUCCUCGAGUGACCAAUUCGCAAAAAUGUGUGCGAGUUGGUGGCAAACACAAUGAUCUUUCUAUAGUCGGUCAAGAUAGCUAUCAUCACACGUUUUUCGAAAUGUUAGGCAAUUGGUCCUUUGGAGAUUAUUUUAAGCGUGAAGCCUGUGAACUAGCCCUAGAACUUUUACGUGGUCCCUAUAAUAUCGAUGCAAGUAGAUUAUAUGUAACAUAUUUUGCUGGUGAUAAGAUACUUGGUUUACCGGCUGAUUUGGAAUGUUAUGAAAUAUGGCGCAGUUUAGGUUUUCCCGCAGAAAGAAUAUUACCUUUUGGUUGUAAAGAAAAUUUUUGGGAAAUGGGUGCAACUGGCCCAUGUGGUCCCUGUACCGAAAUACAUAUCGAUCAUUCCCCAACUAAAGGCCAUGAACGCGCGAAGUUUGUUAACGCUGAUAGAUCAGAUUUAACGGAAUUGUGGAAUUUGGUGUUCAUACAAUACAACCGGAACGCAAAUGGGUCUAUAACAAAACUACCUGCACGGCACGUAGAUACAGGCAUGGGAUUCGAAAGACUUACUGCCAUUUUACAAAAUAAAUCAUCCAACUACGACACAGAUCUUUUCAUGCCAAUUUUCAAUGCAAUUCAAAAAAUAACACACGCACCCCAUUAUGGUGGUAAAUUCCCAACCCCAAGAGAAAACGCUGCACUGGACACGGGAUAUAGAAUUCUAGCAGACCAUUCUCGUAUGAUAUCCAUUUGUCUAGCCGACGGCAUGUUACCCGAUCAAAACCAAAAACUACGAAGGAUUUUACGCAAAGCGUUUACAAUAAGCGAAAAUAUAUUUAAAAAUGAGGUGUUGGUAUCACAACUUAUACCAAUAGUUAUAGACACAAUAGGUACGGCGUAUCCGGAAAUAUAUAGCAAACAGAGUUCCAUAUUAGAGUUAAUAGCGCAUGAACGAGAGGUGUUCAAGGCAUUGCGAGAAAGCUCUUCGAGAGCAUUUGCCGAGGUCUUAAUGGAGUUUCCCAACUUGGAAGAAGUUGAUUUAAUGGAAUGUCCUGGUUUUGUGCCAGCUUAUCGUGAUUUUCAAACUCAAAAAGAAACAUUUAUUAACAAUAUCCUGCCCGGAAAAUUUCUGUACAAACUUACGGAUACUUAUGGUUUAACACAAGAAAAUUUCAAGAAACUAGCGGAAAUAGAAAAUAUGGAAUGUGAUUUAAAUGGUUACUUCAUGGAAAUAGCGAAUGCUAAGCUAAGAUCAAAAGCUUCCUUAAGUGAAGGUUCUAUCAGUAGUGAAAACAAGCUAGAAAAGCAACAUCAGACAAACGAAGUACUCUCACUGCUCACGCAGAAACUCAAUGGCACGGAUAGUAGUUCAAAAUAUAAUUAUAGUUAUGAUAUGGAUAAUAAACGGUACAAUAUUCCUCAAGUUUCGGCCCUAAUUACUGGUAUGGUCUUUCAAGGCAAAGAAGCGAACACCGUGGUAUUGAAUAAUUCACAGUCAGAAUUAUUAUAUGUGGCAACAGAUAUCACUAACUUCUAUCAUGAGUCUGGUGGUCAACAAGCUGAUAUUGGCACAAUGUUAUUAACAUCUGAAACAAAUGGCGAAAUACUUGAGUUGCCUGUGAAAGAAGUUAAAGCUAUAAAUGAUUGCAUUGUACAUGUAUGUGACUUGUCGAAUGUUGAAAAGGAUUUCACGUUAAAAACAGGAGCACAAGUAAAUCUUUUGGUAGACGCCAAUCGCCGUCAGCUGACAACAUGUCAUCACACAGCAACCCAUUUAUUAAAUGGUGCAAUCCGUUCGCUGUUCAAAAAGGUCACCUAUCAAGUAUCCAGUUCCGUAACGAGUGAUAACUGCAAGCUUGAGGUAGGUCUAAUUGGCAAACGUAUUAAAAAGGACGAUAUUACACAGUUGGAAGAUAUGAUUGUAGGUACUAUAGACUCAAAGGUGCCAGUAGAUGUCCGGAUUAUAAACGCCAGUGAUGUAUUACAACAAGACGAUAUCACAAUGAUACCUGGGGAGAUAUAUCCUGAGUCUGGACUACGGUUAUUAAGCAUAUAUUGUGAGAACCCUCAAUUGAUUUCCAAAGAAUUGUGUUGCGGAACUCAUGUGACAAAUACGCAGGAAAUAGAAUAUUUUUGCAUCACCAACCUUAGACAAACGAAUCGUGCUCGAUUUGCUUUUACAGCAGUUGCAGGGGCGGCCGCAGAAAAUGCAUUAAGAAUUGCGGCUCUCUUACAACACCGCGUAGAUUUGCUUGACAAACAGUUUAAGACUGAUAAAGUUACAAACGCUACUGAAAUCGAAUUGCAAAAGAUACGGCACAAUUUGAUUCAUAUGGAAGUUGCGUUACCAUAUGUUUUUAAAAUCAACACCAUAGAACGCAUUAAUGAUAUACUCAAGAAGCUCAAAGAAACAACUAGAACAACUUUAAAAGAAUUUGUUGAGGUCGAAAUGAGAACGUUAUUGCAAGAAAAAUCUAUCGAAAGCCAUCCCUUCCUUGUGCAUUACAUCACAAGCUCAGCGCUGGUAGAGGAAGUCCCACUGCAAAGGGCCACAAAACUUUGCACCGAUCGUCCGAUACUCGUAGCUAGCAUGUGUGAUAACGUCGUUAAAGCGCGUUGUUGUGUGCCCAAGAAAUUUGUCAGCGAUCAUUUUGAUGCCGAACAAUGGCUUAGAGAAUUCGCAGUGGUUUUUAAAUCACAAGUUUCCGCACCGAAGGGUCAAAAUUCUGCGGAAAUAUGCAAUAUGAAAGGCAAAAAGGUGUCCACUUCAUUUGAAGAACAAUUAGAGGAAGCCAUCGCCAGGGCCCAGACUUUUGCCUCACAACACAUUUUGUUGUGAUUUUAAUCUAAGCAUGUGUUUUCAAAAUCCAAACAUACCCCAGUAAAAUAAUUACAUGUGCCACCUUUUGAUGUGUGCAUAUAUUGUUUAAAUAUAUGUAUAUAACGGUAUCUAUAGUAAAUGUGUAAGAAAUAAUUUCAACUUACCUCAAUUAUCUUUACAUAAAUUAAGUCAUGAUUGAAUAAUAAUAAGAUUGCGUGCAUAUUGACAGCGUUUAAUUGAAAAUUCAUAAUCAUAAUGAACUUAGCCGUCACACCAAGACAUCGAUCUUGUUAAGACAAUCUGGAAAUCACGAAAAUACUUGUAAAAAUAAAAUGCAGAUUGAAAAUUGA